GCUCCUUCUGGUGUGUGCUUCUUGGCCACCAGGAGGCAAUAGACUCCACCAUAGAGACACGAAGAAUAGUUUUAAAACUGAUUCAGGGGUGCCUGGAAUUCUAGGGAAGCAAGGUCGGAAAGGAGUUCAAGGAAAAAUCGGUGUCCCCGGGCCACAAGGUAUACCGGGGCCACAGGGCCGACCUGGCAAUGAUGGGACUCCAGGGAAGAAUUCAGAACCAGGACCAAGAGGCUUGCCUGGAGAACAGGGUCCCCAAGGCUACAAUGGAGAUAAAGGCAGCAAAGGGGAGCCGGGGCUAUGAGGGGGAGCCUGGACCACAAGGCAAUAGAGGUGGAAAAGGAGACAAGGGGAAUAAAGGUGUCAGAGGCAUCGUUGGAGUUCCUGGUUACUUGGGAGUAGCAGGAGCCAGGGGUCCUCCAGGUUGCCCCGGAACAUCAGGACCACGGGGACCAACAGGUGCGAUAGGCUUUUGCGGAUCACCAGGGCCACACGGCAAAAUGGGCCCAAGAGGAGGAAAAGGCGUCCCAGGAGUAAAGGGACCUCCAGGUCAACAAGGUGAAAUUGGUCUCAGAGGAGCAGUUGGACCACAGGGAGAACCUGGUCCCGCCGGAACAGUUGGAUUUCCGGGCAUACGUGGUCCUCAGGGAAACCCAGGACCUGUUGGACCCCCAGGUACAAAGGGAGACCCUGAUGAUCCAGGGGAUGAAGGAGACAUAGGAGAACCUGGACCUAUUGGUCUUUAUGGAGCCAAUGGGAAUCCAGGAUUGCCUGGACCCUCAGGUGAUCCCGGGGCUAAAGCCUUGCGCGGUGCAAGAGGUGAUCUAGGAUUUAAGGGAGACAUGGGGCCCCCAGGGCCUCCUGGUAAACCAGGAUACAAGGGACGUCGGGGGCCAAUGGGACUCGUGGGACUUGGAGGGCCAACAGGACCAACAGGACAUUGUGGACCCAGCGGAAUGGAUGGUGUCAUGGGAGAGGAAGGCAAGCAAGGCAAAGAUGGGCCAAAGGGAGAUCGAGGGCGUACAGGCAUUCAGGGAACUCCUGGACCGCGAGGCAACAAGGGUCGAGAGGGUCGCUCAGGAUUUUCAGGAAUGCCUGGCCCAUUUGGACAGAUGGGAAAAUCUGGAGAGCCAGGGCCCGAAGGAGAACCUGGUAUUAAGGGGAACCCAGGAGUCCCAGCCACAAGUGGGCCAAAAGGCCUAAAGGGUUUACGAGGUUAUUCAGGUGUCAGAGGACAACAUGGAAUUGAUGGAGCCAUGGGACCUGUUGGUGCAAAUGGAAUAAUUGGAGACACUGGACCUACAGGUCCAAAAGGAUUUUCGGGAAAGACAGGAGCAAGUGGCCUCCAGGGACAUGUAGGGAAGAAUGGAGAACCUGGCAGUACCGGAAUGAAUGGAACACCUGGGAAACUUGGAAAGAAAGGGACAAAAGGAAAAGAAGGCCCUAAGGGACUAGUAGGAAAAGAAGGAGACAAGGGCAAGAGGGGUGAAAAAGCUCCAAGAGGGAAACCAGGCCCCCCAGGCAAGAUGGGCAUGGCUGGACCCCGUGGACACAUCGGACCUCCAGCUACACAGGGUAACAUUGGACCAUGGGGUGAGGUUGGACCACGAGGUCUUCCAGGUGAACAGGGGCCACAAGGAGCAGUUGGCCCCAAUGGCAUUAUAGGUUACCCUGGUAAAGAUGGACCUGAAGGAUCAAUUGGCCCACCUGGAGUCAAAGGUGGCAAGGGAACUAAAGGGGCUGUGGGAGAGGAGGGUGCUGCAGGUCUCGAUGGUGAGGAGGGUCCCCCUGGAUGUAGAGGGGCUGAGGGACCACCAGGACAAAACGGCACAUCAGGUGAUAAAGGAAGCAAAGGCCCCUCUGGUCAGAGAGGCCCAAAGGGAGCUGCAGGUGACCACGGUGUUCGAGGUCCCCAAGGAGGAAAGGGCCCUCCAGGGAAACAGGGACAUACUGGUAUACAGGGGGACAGAGGCAAGCAGGGAUUUCCUGGACUCAAGGGUCUGCCAGGCCAAAGGGGUCUCCAGGGUAUAUUUGGACAGUUUGGACCAGGGGGAGACACUGGAAAACCUGGAAGCAAAGGCCAGAAGGGUCUUCAGGGACACACAGGAUCUCCCGGUCGCAUCGGACCCCCAGGCCUUAUCGGACCCGCAGCACCAGGUUUUUCAGGCAAGAGGGGACCUGAUGGCAAAGCUGGAAAUACCGGACCAAAGGGCAUUAGUGGAAAGAAGGGCGAACUCGGUCCUCCAGGCGUUAUAGGAGACAUGGGGAUAAAGUGUGGAAAGGGAGCAAAAGGAGAGCCUGGAACUCAAGGCACGAGGGGCAAAAAGGGAAGGAUAGGCUUUAUUGGCCCUCCUGGUUUUAAAGGUCAGCCUGGACCUGCUGGUCCCCCUGGUCCUCCUGGAAAUAGAGGAAUUCACGGGGCAACAGGAUUGUCAGGUCGCCCAGGUAAUAAGGGGAACAAAGGCCUGCCGGGAAAAACUGGAGUUGUCGGCCCACCCGGGAACUCAGGACCUGUGGGGAGACGUGGAAUACCUGGUUUGGAUGGUUUGGACGGUUUACAUGGGGUUCAGGGUAAUGAAGGCUAUCCGGGAAAUACUGGCCACACAGGAGCACCUGGCCUAGCGGGCAGGCCUGGUAAACAGGGAACACCUGGACCACCUGGCCUUAGAGGCAACACUGGAACACAAGGCAUUAAGGGCGAAACUGGACCAGCAGGAGAGACAGGACCUCCUGCACCAAUUGGGCCGAAGGGUAUCCCUGGACUGGCAGGAGAGAAGGGUGACACAGGAGCAAGAAGUCCCAAGGGUCUCCCGGGUGAAAGAGGGUUACGGGGGCCAGUUGGUCCAGCAGGGAUAAAGGGGGGUUCUGGUCGGCAAGGUGCCAAUGGCGUAACAGGGCAGAAAGGAAAGCAGGGGUUUACAGGUCCUCGUGGUCCACCUGGACAAAAAGGGCCCCCUGGACACUCUGGCGUGCUUGGAAAGAAGGGAAUGAAAGGUAUCCAAGGCACCAGCGGAACUAAGGGAGUUAAGGGCAAGCAAGGACCCCUAGGAAAAGCAGGUUUACCAGGCAAAAGAAGACCCAAUUCAAAAUCUGAGAAUAAACAAGGAUUAGGAGCCUUAGCAAAAUCCAGCAAAGAAUAUAAAUCUGACGCCAGACACAAAUCAACACUUAUAAAGAUACGGGAAGGACAGCAAAAAGAGCAAGGUCCAGUGAGGACUAAUGUGAAACUGUAUCUAGAAGAUGAAGCCGAUGAUGAAUCUUUCAGCUGGCCCAAAGGCACAAAAGAGGACCCCGGCACCUCUUGUUAUGAGCUGGGUCUCAUACACCCACAUUUCAAUAAUGGUUACUUUUACAUGGACCCCAACCAAGGUUGUCCCUAUGAUGCUUUGAGAGUGUUUUGUAACUUCACAGCAGGGGGUAGCACCUGCAUUGACCCGCUGCAGUCCCAGAUAACAUUCAGCUGGGAUUUAGAAACCCACCAAUCAAGAACAUCAUCAAUCCACUGGUUUAGCCAGCAACAUGGUGGCAACAAGUUUGGUUACCUUGGAGUUGAUGUCGUCCAGCUGAGGUUUCUACGUUUACACAGUCACACAUCUUUCCAGCGUAUGACACUUAGAUGGACAUCCAACCACUCUGCGAUGGAUGGCAAAAGCAACUUCGUCCACUUACUGGGAGACUCCAGCAAAGAUAUCCAUUCACACCAUACCACAGUGUCCACACAAGGACGUGAGGUGGAGAUAGUUGUGAAGGUUUGGGGCAGCACGGAGCUACAUCGAGGUGAUAUGGAGUUACUUCCUAUCAGAGAUCUGGGGAUAGCGAUGGCAUCGCAUUGGGGGCAAAUCCCCGAGAUCACUUCCAAUGUGGGGCCCCUCUGCUUCUUGUGACGAACAGGUGUUUGAAUGUAUGCUGUAUGCAUCCACAGUGCCGUGAAAAGGUAUUGGCCCCCUUUCUCAAAUUCUUAAAUUCUUUUCAUAGUUUCCCCACUUUAAUGUUCCAUCAAACAAAUAUCACGCAAGUGAAAUUAAAAUACUGUUUUAAAUGGUAAUUUCAUUUAUAAAGGGGAAAAAAAAUAUUCAAUGUUACAGGGCCCUGUGUGAAAAAGUAAUUAUCCCCCUUGUUUAAAUCAUGAAUUAAUCGUGGCUCAUCAAACUUUUUGGUUAAUUUUCACUAAUCACACCCAAGCCUGAUUACCUCCAGAUCUGUUCAAUCAAGAAAUCAGUUAAACAGAAUCUGUCCCGACAAAAUCAAGUUGGACAAAAGAUCUAACAAAGCUGCAACAAAAUGACACGGUCCAAAGAAAUUCCAGAACAGUCGAGAAAUAAAAUGAUUGAUAUCUAUCAGUCUGGAAGUUGCUAAAAAAAAAAAGCCAUUUAUAAAGCUUUAGGAUUCCAUCAAACCAUAGAGAAAGCCAUUAUCCUCACAUGGAGAAAACAUGGAACAGUGGUGAAUCUUCCCAAGAGUGCCCAGCCUACAAAUAAUUACCCCAAGAGAACAGCAAUGACUCAUCCAGGAGGCCACAACGGAACUCAGGACAACCUCUAAAGAACUGCAGGCCUCCCUUGCCUCAGUUAAGGUCAGUGUUCAUGACACAACAAUAAGAGACUGGGCAAAAAUGGCAUCCAUGGCAGAGUUCCAAGGCGAAAACCAGUGAUGACUAAAAAGAACAUAAAGGGUUGUUUUACUUUUGGGGGAAAAAAAACAACAACAAAAAACAUCCGAAUAAUUUACUUUUGGGAGAAUAUUAUAUGGACUGACGAGAUGCAAGUUGAGCUUUUUGGAAGGUAUGUGUCUCGUUACAUCUGGCAUAAAUGUAGCACAGCAUUUCAGAAAAAGAACAUCAUACCAAAAGUCAACCAUGGUGCUGGUAAUGUGAUGGUCUUGGACUGCUUUGCUCCUUCAAGACCUGGACAACUUGCUGUGAUUGAUUGAACCAUGAAUUCUGCUCUUUAACAGAAAAUCCUGAAGGAGAAUGUUCAGCCAUCAGUUUGUGACCUCAAGCUGAAGCGCACUGGGGUUUUGCAGCAAGAUAACAAUCCACAACACACCAGCAAGUCAACUUCUGAACGGUUUCAAAAAAACAAAAGGGUUUUGGAGUGGCCUAGUCAAAGUCCACACUUGAAUCCAAUUGAAAUAGAGUGGCAUGACCUUAAAAAGGCAGUUGAUGCUCAAAAACCCUCAAUUUUAUAUAUUAUAUUUGUCUGAUAUUUACAUUUGUUUGAUGAUCUUAAACAUGAAUGUGGGGAAACUAUGCAAAAAUAUAAGAAUUUGAGAAGGGGGCCAAUAUUUUUUCACGCCACUGUAUGUGUUUAAUAAAUCCCUGUAAAUAAUUCAAUAGAAGGGAUCUAUGGAGUUUCGACAAUGUACAUUAGCGCUGCACUCUUAUUUUGUACAUAUUUAUUGAAUUAACACUGUGAAAGGUGGCUAUGUUAGAAGUUUGACAAACUGUUCACAGAGCAUUGGAUGUUCAGUUAGUUUGUUUCUGUGUACAUAUUUUUAUAUGGAAUAUCACAAUUAAAUAAUUACUUGAAACACUAAUAAAUUCAAGUCACAAAGAUUUA